GUGGGACAUUUGGUGACAUAGAAGAAAUGAAGGCAGGAGGAAAUGUGGAGGGAUUGUUGGCUGAUUUAAAACUUAACGUGGCCUUAAAAUACUCAAACGAACAAGAGUCGUCCUUUGGCAGACUGAAGAAAGAGGAGGUGAAAGUGAAGGAGGUGGUUAACUACGCGAAAGACAAACGCUUGGACAUGACCCACCCUGUGAUCAAGCAGACCCGGGAGAAGCCCAGGGCAAUAUUAGGGGUGUUGACGGAGAGGAUUAUGACAUCACAACCUUGCCAGGUCACAAACAAAGUCCGGAAGCGUGGCAAUGCAGCAGCCAACAUGAGCGCCCUGAGCAUGAAGGACUCUAUGAAGCAGAGUGGCAGUACUCAGACAGAAAGUGAUGUGUCACUGAAGAUUCCUGAAUAUACUGUCGUGGCCUACAGUCUGAUUGAGCUCUACGUCAAAUGCAAUGGACAGUUUGAGCUGUGCCUCUUCUCCAACAAUGGGGGCUUUGAAAAGGUUACAUCAAAGGAUGACAUUGAAGCGGAUGGAAUUAUGGACCUGGGAGGUGACUUUGAUGCUAACAGCCCCUUAAAUCUGAACGAAGAACUGGAGAAACUGAGGGGUCAUUUCCAGCUGCUGUCAGUCCUGCCAGUAGACACACGUUCCUCUCUGCUCCAGCUCCUCAAGACAACCAUGGAGGACAGAGAGGCAGUCAGUGCGCUGGAGAGUGUGCUGGAUCAGUUGUGUGAAGGUGAGACUCCUGACUUGGGUGACCUGGAAGAGUCUGAGAGGGAAACAGUCCAGGCCAUACUGGAUCUUGUAGACCAAUGUGUUGGGAAGGAUGAGGACGAGAUCCGAUCCUCACUUCUCAGUGCCGUCCACCUCAUUGUCAGUGCCAUGGACGGAAUGACAGAUGAGGGUCUCUCUGUGUUGGGAUCCUGUUGCAGUCCUCCAGUCUUACAGGCCCUGCAGAUCCUGGUGCAGCAUGUGGCAGCAGGGAGUGGGGAGACCCUCUCUCUGAGAGAUGCAGGUCUGGCUGUUCUGACUGAGGAGGAGCUGUAUCAGAGGACAGAGAGUCUCUUUGCCCUCUCCAAUGUGGAACUUACCAGAUUGAAUGAGGACGCAGAAUACACAGUGACUUCAGUUAUCUGCCCUGGACACCUUCCUCUUGUCAUGAGUAUCGCUGUGAAUGGCCUGGCCUCUUUAGGAUAGAUUGAGCCGAAUAGAAACAUUCCUUGUGCUACAAAGUGAAUAUAUGAACUGCACCGCCAGGUCGGAAUUUCAGAAAUGUCACAUUUGAUAACAUAUUGUUGAUGAUUGCAAAGACACUUAGAGCAGGAGUAAAACAUAUCAAAAACAAGAUAAUGCACAUGUGUGAAGAAAAAUGUACAAAAUAAUAUUCCCACUACUGUACAUUCAUUAAUGACACAUUCCUACGUCAUAUUUCCGUGUUAAUGGCUUUUCAUCAAAACGCAGUUGUAUUUACUUCUGCCAGAUGCCUUUAAUGAAGUUUUUACCCAUUGAAGACCAUUCAAAAAGCGUACAAAACUCAAAAACUACAAGGCUAUUUUCAGAGUCACUUGCAUAGCUUAUUGUUGUUAUAAUGCUUUUUAAUGUAUUGUUAGGAAGCCUAUAACCCAUAACGUUAUGUCUAGGGGUCCAAGGUCUAGUUACAUGGUCUGUAACCUGACUCGUUAUGUCUAGGGGUCCAAGGUCUAGUUACAUGGUCUGUAACCUGACUCGUUAUGUCUAGGGGUCCAAGGUCUAGUUACAUGGUCUGUAACCUGACUCGUUAUGUCUAGGGGUUUCGAGGUCUAGUUACAUGGUCUGUAACCUGACUCGAUACGUCUAGGGGUCCUAGGUCUAAUUACAUGGUCUGUAACCUGACUCAUUAUGUCUAGGUGUCCUAGGUCUAAUUACAUGGUCUGUAACCUGACUCGUUAUGUCUAGGGGUCCUAGGUCUAGUUACAUGGUCUGUAACCUGACUCAUUAUGUCUAGGGGUCCUAGGUCUAGUUACAUGGUCUGUAACCUGACUCGUUAUGUCUAGGGGUCCAAGGUCUAGUUACAUGGUCUGUAACCUGACUCAUUUUGUCUAGGGGUCCAAGGUCUAGUUACAUGGUCUGUAACCGGACUCGUUAUGUCUAGGGGUCCAAGGUCUAAUUACAUGGUCUGUAACCUGACUCAUUUUGUCUAGGGGUCCAAGGUCUAGUUACAUGGUCUGUAACCUGACUUGUUAUAUCUAGGGGUCCUAGGUCUAGUUACAUGGUCUGUAACCUGACUCGUUAUGUCUAGGGGUCCUAGGUCUAGUUACAUGGUCUGUAACCUGACUCAUUAUGUCUAGGGGUCCUAGGUCUAGUUACAUGGUCUGUAACCUGACUCGUUAUGUCUAGGGGUCCAAGGUCUAGUUACAUGGUCUGUAACCUGACUCAUUAUGUCUAGGGGUCCUAGGUCUAGUUACACGGUCUGUAACCUGACUCAUUAUGUCUAGGGGUCCAAGGUCUAGUUACAUGGUCUGUAACCUGACUCGUUAUGUCUAGGGGUCCUAGGUCUAGUUACAUGGUCUGUAACCUGACUCGAUACGUCUAGGGGUCCUAGGUCUAAUUACAUGGUCUGUAACCUGACUCAUUAUGUCUAGGGGUCCAAGGUCUAAUUACGUGGUCUGUAACCUGACUCGAUACAUCUAGGGGUCCUAGGUCUAAUUACAUGGUCUGUAACCUGACUCGUUAUGUCUAGGGGUCCAAGGUCUAAUUGCGUGGUCUGUAACCUGACUCGAUACAUCUAGGGGUCCUAGGUCUAAUUACAUGGUCUGUAACCUGACUCAUUAUGUCUAGGGGUCCUAGGUCUAAUUACAUGGUCUGUAACCUGACUCGUUACGUCCAGGGGUCCUAGGUCUACUUAACUGGUCUGUAACCUGACUCAUUAUGUCUAGGGGUCCUAGUGUCAUGUCUUGUUAUGUCUGUUCCUGUCCUUUCUCUUCAUUCUCUCUCUCUGCUGGUCUUUUUAGGUUACCUUCUCUGUCUCUCAUUCUUCAGCUGUUCUACAUCUCCUCUAACUAGCUCAUUCACUCUUUCACACCUGUUCUCUCUUCCCCCUCUGAUUAGGUCUCUAUUUCUUUCUCUGUUCCUGCUACUUUCAGGGUCUGAUUCUUGUUUGUGUUUUUUGAUGCCAGAAGCAAGCUGUCGUCUCGUUUGCUUCCACCUUGUCCUGUCCUGUCGGAGUCUGCCUGGCAGGAGUAUCCUGCACUAUACUAACG